AUGGUGAACCAACAUCCUCUGUCAGCAGCUGCUUUGCUUUCAGUCAAAGGCUGGGUUGUGCUAGUGAUCAAAGCGAAAUCAUCGUUGACGAAGCUGAUGGCAACCAGAACCGGAGGUGGCACGGGCAUCGGAUUGAUGUUGACACAGGCUUUUGCAACCAAUGGCGCCAAAGUCUACAUCACCGGUCGCCGGACGGAGGUUCUCGAGACCACCGCAAAAGUCCAUGGAUCCGCUGAGAAGCUCGGCGAGCAGGGUGGAAGCAUUGUUCCUCUCCAGAUGGACACCACCGACAAGAAGAGCAUUUCAGCUGCGGUGGAGCUCAUCACCAAGAAUGAGGGUUAUUUGAACGUGCUGGUCAAUAAUGCUGGUGUAUGGACCACAAAGCCAAGUGUGGAGCCAGAUGCAGGACCAGAGCAAUUUGGCAAAGCCAUGUUCGAUGAGAACCCAGAUGACUGGCAGCGUGCAUUUCUCACCAAUGCUACAUCUCUUUAUUUUGUGACGGCAGCAUUCUUGCCGCUGCUUGCAAAGUCUGCUGAUAGUCCCAUCAGACGUGGCGGAAGCGUCAUUAACAAUACUUCCAACAGCGGACUUUUGAGAAUGUCAGAGGGAGGCCAGCUGGCCUACAACGUUAGUAAAGCUGCGGCGGUGCAUGUCACUCGUCAGAUGGCCUAUGACCUUAGUCACAAAGCCAUCAAUGUCCGCGUCAAUCAGAUUGCCCCAGGCUGGUUUCCAACCGAAAUGACAACCGGUGGCUCUGACGCUGCAAACAUGAGCGCUCCACAGGAAGAUGGAGAAUUCCAGAAAGAGAUGGAGACCAUCGGAGCCAGAGUGCCUCCAGGACGCAUGGGCAAUGCACAAGAUCUCGCCAGCGCUGUCUUAACGUUGGCGACGAACGACUAUAUGUGGGGUACCAUAACCGUGGUCGAUGGUGGCAUUACACAGAGUAUGCCAGGUAACAUGUGA